AUGAUUGAAGAAUUUCACAAAAGACUUCAUUAAAAUAUUGAUCUAUCUCCAUUAUUAGAAGCACUCAAUCAAAUUCCAUAAUUACCAGCAAUCGAUUAUCAUCCACAAUUAAAUGAUGAUGAAAUAUAAUUAUUAAUAAAGAUCUUAGAUCAUCAAGAAUUAAUUAGAUAAGAUAAAUUGUAGUCUAAGUUGAUUAUUGAAUUCAAAUAAUUGAUUGAUCAAAUAACUCUUAAAGAAUCUACAUUUUAUUUAAGCUGUGUUGAACAAUUUGAAAAACACGUAAAAAAUUUAGAUUAUCAUUCAUAACGUGAGAUAUCAAAUUGGUCAUUAUCUAAUUUAUCAAUCUAAAGUGUUUAAUGGAUUUUGAGUAACUGUAUUUUAUUGCCAGAGUUGAAUUAAACAAUGAUUCAAAAAUUUCAAUAGCUAAUUCUUAAUCAAUUAGAAUUAAUUCAAUAAGAAGAAUAAAUAAUGGAUUAAGUUCUAUUUUAAUCAAAUAAUAUCUAAGUCUUUGUUAAAAAUGAAAAUCUAAUUCUUAAAUCGAAUUAUCAUAUAAAUAGGUAGAGUGAAAUGAUUAAUAUUCUCGUUGGAUUUCUUACAUAUUUUAAUUAUAUCAAUAUAGAUAUCUAAGAGUUUUUAAUAAAAACAAUAUCAUCAAAAUAUAGAUAACAUUUUAUAGCAUUAUAGAAUCCAGUUUUUGAUGAAGUAAAAGUGAUUGAAAAAUAUGAAAAAUAAAUAAAAUAAUGUUUAGAAUAGGCAAAUCUUUCUGAAAUAAUUGACAAAUAAUAUCAUUUUACAUAAUUAGAUAAGUUGAAAUAAAACUUAAUAAAAUUUAAGAAUCAUUAUGUUGAGGUUAUAGAUAAAUUACAAUUUAAAUAAUAAAAAUAAUAAAAUUGGAAUUUAGGGUUUUUCAAAUCUAAAACAGAAACCACAUAAAAAAUACCAAAUUAAAUAUUUGAUUAAAUGCAAAAUGAUUGGAAAGUAUUAGAUACAUUUUUAUAAAAUAAUACAGAUAAAAAUGAAUAAAUAUAUCAACUUAUAUUUGAUCAUAUUAGAUUAUUAGAUGUAUGUUUGGAUUACAAAGAAUUCCAACAUAAUUUUCAAUCUCUUAAUUUUUAUGUUACAAUUUAUACCUAAAUUGAUUAAAGAUUGAUUAAGUUAUUGCAUAGUUGGAAAAACGAACUCUUAAUAGAUUACAUAUAUAAUAUUAAAAUAAAAUUAAGACAUUAUUCAUUUUAAGCUAGCGAAUUUAUUGAUAUUUGA